AUGAAGCCAUUUUUCAUUCUCUUUUUCCUACUUACCUUGUGCAAUGGGAUGCAAAGAAUGCCUAGGUUGUCCCACAAAGAUGCCAAAAAUCAGAGUGAAGAAAUUCAGAGUCUAGACUUUGGUAAAGAUUUAUUGAAUUUCAUACAAAGCUACCAGAAAGUCAAUAAAAAUGUAUCAAUCGCUUCACAGGAUCCAACAAUUGCACAUAAAAGCUCCAAAGACAGAGUCAAUGAACUAGAUAGGUCCGUAUCUGCCGCAGGAGUAGGAGAAUCGUCAUACAUUUAUGGAGGUGGACAAAAAUACGACAAUUACGGUCGGCGCUUAAGUGAAACCUCAGAAUUUAAGAUCAACACAGGCUUCAAUAUUGGGCUUCGUUGGCGGCCAAUUCGGACGAAGCAAAAGAUCAAAAAAGUACUCUUUUUUUUGCCUAAGCAGUUUCUUAGUAAAACGAAACACUAUUUGGAUAAGAUCGGAAGUACGAAAGGAGACGGAGAGUAUUAUGAGAGCUUCGAAGAAGACUACAAAGAAAAUUAUGACUACGACGAUGAUUAUGAAGAAUAUGAAAGCUAUUCUGGCUAUGAACGCUAUGAGGAUGACAGCACUGAGGCGCACACUGUCAAGAUUCAGCGCCUCAACAUUGGGACAAUACCAACUCAAAAAACGCCAAAUUUCCGGGACUCGUUGAUUGCGAGAUUGGAAGACCAUGCGUUUUUUCCACAAAGCCUUGAGUAUUCCUCGCCAAGGGGAACACUUCUCUCUCCCACAGAGCACAGUCAAGAAGAUGCUUUUCAAUCGCUGAGCGUCCCCUCAGAUCCUAGGACGUUUGAAAAUGAUGUGACAUACGUGCCCAAACCUGAAUCGGGAUCAUCACGGAACAGUGAAAAUAGGGACGAUAACGCUAGCUUUGAUUCCGAACACAGUGCUGGAGACGGGACCGAUGAUACAAUGCAUGCCCCAAUACCACUUACAUCAACAGAUGGCGCUAUAUCGAUGCUCGAGACCCUUGAGCCUGACUAUGUUCUUGUCGCCACGUCCAUUCUUGUGAACAAGAUUUGCGACCAUAUGCCUAACCAUUUCCGUAGUGAUCCUCAGGAAAUCGGGAAAAUGGAGGAGAUUCUGGUGGUGGUGUUCGAUGAUCCCGUGCAAGCGCCCAAGGGUAGGUUUACAAGUCGAAUAGAUCAACAUGUCUUCUUUCCAGGAGACCCAUUGUUUUCUUCGGCGCACCGUCAAACUUGGGCAACAGUUGGCGUGCUCAUUUGGCCAUUUCUUGCUGCCACACUCUUGAAUUGA